CCCUGAACACGUAUGGUCCUGCAUUACUGAAAUCAGUUUGUUGUUUCAAUCGAUAUGUUCCAGCGUUUUGGAUGCGGCAUCCCUCCGGAGACUACAAGAGUCUGUUCCCAUUCUGAUGUGUAAUCUGGAAAAAACAAUGCCACCAUCGUUUUUCGAUACAAUGGAACAUCUCAUUAUACAUCUUCCGUAUGAGGCUUUGACUGCUGGGCCCGUCUUCUAUCGGUGGAUGUACAGAUUUGAAAGAUUUCUAGGAGAGCUGAAAAAGAAAGUGACCAACAAGGCACACGUUGAGGCUUCAAUUUGUCAAGCGUAUCUUCAACAAGAAAUCUCAACGUUCUCGUCUUUUUACUUCGAGCGUGACGUCAU